AUGUCGAAAUCUUUCGAUAGGGCAGGUCAAAGGACUCGGAAAAAUAAUGGCAAGCAGUUUCUACGUGUGGGGCACAUGUUAAAAUUGUCAACAGCUGGGGCCUUGGUAAGUUUUCUUUACCUUAAAACAUACCAAGCUGUUGUAGAGAGGUUACGGUCUAAAGUAGAAGAUGGGACUGAAGAGUUUCAUCGUUUUGAGGAGCUAGAAGCGUAUAAGAUUGUGUUUGAGGUGUCAAAUCUUGAUAUUGAAGACCAUCCUGCUGAAGUUUCGGAAGUACUAGAAGCUAAAGAUCAGAACUGCUUUUCAAGCACUGAAUUAGUGCAGGUUCACAAGGGUUCAAGCCAUCAACUUUUUGGUGCAGGUGGUGUCUCUGAAGUGCCAAAUCGUAAUUUGGAUGAAAAUUCAGUUUUCAUUACGAGGUCAGAAAGUGCUGAUCAUGAGCUGAUUGCGGAGGGAAAGACAUUAGGAGGCUUCUUCUUGCAUCAAAAGGAGGAGUUCGAAGAUUUAUGGUUCCAAAAGGAAGAAAAAGAAGCAUUCAAGCCACUAAACGUGAACUUCAAUAAAGUUGAAGAACAAAAAGAAGAACCAUCCAUGAUUAGAAGGGGAUCCAAGGAAAUUGGUCAAAAAACGAGUGAAGCUAAAGUAAGUGAUGAUGAUGGUGGAGAGCACUUCUACUCUCCAAAGCUGAGUUCCCAAGGACUAGAAGGAAAUUCUUGGAGCCCAGGUAACGGUGGAGACUAUAAGUCAAAAGUUAAAGACAACUCCGAAACAUUGGGAUAUUCGAACCUUGGGAGUUUUGGAUCUAUGAGAAAAGAGAAAGAAUGGAGGAGGACAUUAGCAUGCAAACUGUUCGAGGAGAGACACAAUGUGAAUGGAGGUGAAGGCAUGGACAUGCUUUGGGAGACAUAUGAGACAGACUCUAUUAAAGUUAAAGGAAAAAGCAAAACAAAGAAGGGAAAGAAAGGCAGCAUUGAGUACUAUGAUGAUGAGGAAGAAUUAGAAGAGGAAGAAAGUGAUAGGCAGCUGUGCUGCUUGCAAGCCCUGAAAUUCUCAGCUGGGAAGAUGAAUUUGGGAAUGGGAAGGCCUAAUCUCGUCAAGAUCUCCAAGGCCCUCAAAGGAAUUGGUUGGCUGCACCAUGUGGGCAGGCAUAGCAAGAAAGGGCAUCAUUGA